AUGAGCAAUUCUUCAUUUGGACAUUGCAUGGAUAUGAGUAGUAGUCAAAAUCUGCAAUUUGAAAGUUACACAAAUGAUCCACCUACAGGAAACAUGUUUCCCAGAAAUAACAACUCUAUGAAUCUCAAAUACCACAGAAGAAAGAGAAAAUGUAUAUGCAAUAACUGUGGAAAGAUAUUUAGUAAUAAGUCUCAGUUGAAUGUUCAACAGAAUAUCCAUACAGGACAGAAGUCCUUUAUAUGUGACGAGUGUGGGAAAGGAUUCCAAUGGAAGUCAAACCUUCGUGAACAUAUGAAAGUCCACACUGGAGAAAAACUCUUUAUAUGUGAUGAGUGUGGGAAAGGAUUCAAAUGGAAGUCAAAACUUAAUGACCAUCUUAAAGUCCACUCUGGAGAAAAGCUCUUUAUAUGUGAUGAGUGUGGGAAAGGAUUCAGACGUAAGUCAAACCUUAAUGAACAUCUGAAAGUCCACACCGGAGAGAAGCCCUAUAUAUGUGAUGAGUGUGGGAAAGGUUUUAAAUGGAAGUCAAGCCUUCAAAAACAUUAUAAAGUUCACACUGGAGAAAAGCUCUUUUUAUGUGACAAGUGUGGGAAAGGAUUCAGACAGAGUUCACACCUUCAUAGACAUCAUAAAAUUCACACUAGAGAUCUCUACAUAUGUGUACAUUGUGGGGAAAAAUUCACUCAGAAGAAAUAUCUUCAUGAACAUCAGAGGGUCCACACUGGAGAAAAGCCCUAUAUAUGUGAUGAGUGUGGGAAAGGAUUCAAAUGGAAGUCAAAACUUCAUGAACAUCUGAAAGUCCACAUGGGAGAGAAGCCCUAUAUAUGUGAUGAGUGUGGGAAAG